AUGGAGCGCCUGCGCCGCAAGACGCUGCCAGCCUGGCCUGACCCGACAGACUCGCUGGGCCAAAAGGUAAACACGCGCACGAGGAGGAUCGGCGGGUCCUCGGUGUGGUUCCCCCGCGGCCCGGCGCUGGAGAGAUACAACGCGACGAUCCGCCCCGAGGUCGAGCGCAUCCUGAACAAUGUCGAGCUGCCCGAGGGGGAGAAGAUGAUACUGAAGAUGUACAUGAUCGGGCGCAGCGAGCAGCGGGCCAACCCCGUCGUGAUGAUCUGCUGCCCCGACAAGGCAACGCGCAAGAGGGCCGAGGCGAUGGUCCGGGAGAGCGACCUCUUCGAGCGGCAGGAGAGCUGUGGCUUUGGGCUGGGCUCGGCUGGGUUCCCUCUGGAAGCUACAUUCCUCCCCCGUCCUCUGGGCAAUGGUAUAUACUUGAACGCCGACGCGACUAUGGAAGCUGCGUUGAAAGUCGACGUUUAUGGGUUGACAGGGCCGGGGAUCGGGAGGAAGCUUGGCUUUGUGACUUCAAGUCAGAGCACACGGAGCGUCCAAUAUGCUACCGGGGGACCGGUCGUGCAGCUCGGAGACAAACUCUACCAAUUGACGGUUGCUCAUGCUGCGCAGCCCAGCCACCGUGGGCCGAAGGACCCACAGGAGCAGUAUUCGGAUCUCGACGAGUGCGACUUUGACGGGCAGUCCGAUGAGGAGGAGGACGAGCACAUGAUUCUGAGCAGAGGAAGCAUCAGCCCCGGAUGGCCCAUGAGGGAUGCGGAUAUUGACUCGGACCAGACACGAUCACAGCAGUCCUCGGCGUAUUCGGAUUCAUAUGCCGAGACCCCAGACACGCCACAUUUUCAUAGCCCCACAAUGAUGUUGUCCCCCAAGUCGGUGGAGGUGGCCGAGGAGCAUGACGACUGGAAGUCGUCUACCCUGCUGGGCUCGUUCCCCAUGCCGGACGGGUAUGGCGGGGAGCUGGACUACCUGCUGGUCCACCUGCCAGGGGACUAUUCCGUGCCAUCAAAGGACCCCAACCAGGUUGUGAUUGCGCGAUUCGGACCUCGGAGCGUCCAGCUGCUCACUGUGGUCCUCUCGGAGGGGCUGAGGGAGGGAGACUCCGGCUCGGCUCUGAUUGACGCCCGAACCGGGGACUUCUACGGCUACGUGAUUCUCGGGACUGAUGGGGAUUGUGUGGCGUAUGCGCUGCCUUCACCGAUGAUCAUGGCCAAGAUCACCACCCAGUUCCAGCAUCUCCCCUCGUUCCACCACCCCAUGGAGAACCCACCAAGACAGAGGCGCGCAGCUUCGUCCGGCAGCAGUAUGCCUUCGAUCCUGGAGGACAUGACCUGGUCCGGCAACCAGAAAGUACCCCUGAAUGACCACAUGGUUGCCCUCCAAAGAAAUCUGUCGUACGCAGAGGUGGAGGUGGAGAGGUUGAACGAAGAGCUGCGAAGCAUGCGGUCGGAGCUCGAGGUCAGCCGCGAGGUAUCCCUCGACCCUGCCCUGGCGCGAGACAUUCAAGCCGCCAUGGCGGACCAGGGGUUCCAGGAGCAGCUGAGAUCCCUGGAGCAGUGGUUCUGUGUCGUGAGCGCGGGACAGCAACGCGUGGCACUGCACACCCUGCUCCAGAACGCCAAUCCGGCACAUGUGGACUCUGUCAGGCACGUCCUGCGCCGCUGGGGACCUGUUGUGCCUCUUUCUGAGCUGUUUGGGACAGACGUCAUUGUUCCGGACAAAGACAGGCCAUUUCCUGAACAACAAGGGUGA